AUGGCGGCCUAUCAAGAAUCAGAAGCCGGGGGCCCCAGAGACCAAACGGGAGCGGUGCAGGGUGCCCCCCCUGCUUGCGCCCCCCAGGUCUCCAAAGCCUCUUCGGAACUGAUGAGCUACUGUGAGCAGCAUGCCAGGAACGACCCCCUGCUGGUCGGAGUGCCGGCCUCGGAGAAUCCCUUCAAGGACAAGAAGCCUUGCAUAAUUCUCUAGCGCCGGCCCUGGCUCUCAGCGCCUCCCUCUCCCCGCCCCCCCCCCCCAUGGUCCAAUUCUUACCCCGAAAAAACCGAAUUCCUCCGGCUUUGGGCUCCGAAGGAGCAGAGCCUGCGUGAGGGCAGA